GUCUGGAGAGAUGAAUUUCAUGGGAUCACACGGCCAGCUUGGAGUUCCCAGACGCUCCUCACGCGCUCCGCACUUCCUUCAGCUGACUCCUGACCCCCGCCGCCAUUAGUGAGGUCAGAGGAGUCAGCACCCCUUUGCUCGCUGCUGGAGGGUCUGACACCCCCACAAAAAAAAAAAGUCUGUCUGUCCCCCCCCCCCCGCCAGGGCGUGAGGCCAAAUGUCAAACAUUAAAAGCUGUUCAGGCUUGCUAUGGAAGCGAGCGAAGGUGAGGGGUUGCACGUUGGUGCGUUUCCACGCCGCCAAGGUUGCUGACAUCACGGAGCCACUUUUUGUCACCAAAAGUAGCCUUAAAGAGUCCUGAAAGGGAAAGUGCACUUUUUUAGAUUCCUUUUGCCCCUCAUCCACAAUCCUUGUGAGACAUGAACACACGUCUUUCUCUUUUCUAAAGAUAUAAAAACAGCUAAAAAGAGGCAGCUCAUUAAUGCAGAUAACGGGACACACCUAUUUCUCCUAUGAAAACACCUCCAAUAUGUAGCGUUACCUUUGGCUAGUGGCCUGAGGCCUUGUGAGUGAGUGUGUGGUGAAGCUAGUCGCUAGCCUGCUAGUAGCUAGCCACUGUGGUGUGGUGAGGUGUCACUACGCCGGUAACGUAGUUCUUGGGUGUAACAAUGUUAAUAACAAUAAUAACAAUGUGGCUAAUAUGCAGCUGACAUUAUGGAAGUGGAGCCCUGUUGGCGCUUUUUGGAGGUUUUUUCAGCAGGCGGAGUAGGUGUGUUCCAUUACGUGCAUUCUUAGAUGCCUCGUUUUAGCUGUUUUUAUAUCUUUACAACACAGAAAAGAGGAAGACAUGUGCUCAUGUCUCACAUGAGUGCACAUUGGUGCACUUUUCCUUGAGACUGUGCAAACUUUUAUGACCCCGCCUCUUAAAAGCAUCAGAAUCGAGAAUCGUUUGGAACCAGAAUGGAAACAAGGAAUCGUUCAAAUCCAAACGAUGGCCACCCCCACCUGUGAGUUCACAAGAGGUUCAUUCAUCACAACAAAUGAAAAUCAACUCAGUCAUUUUUCUGGCCUUGCAUCGUGUUCGUUUUCCUCGUCUCCCGCCUCCAAACAGGCAGCAUGAGGGUUCACUCUGUGCAUUGGUUUUCAGCACCUUGACAUGUUUGUUCCUUCGAACAACGGCAUGAAUGGAGUGAGCCCUUUUGUCAGUCCGACAGUCUCUUUGUCUCUAUGGGUGGAGGCGGGGCCGCUAGCAUACACACUUUUUGUGGGGUUUUUCCCCAACACAACUACGCAGGUAAAAGUGAUGUUAAAUGUUCACUUUUUUGCAUCAUUGUCUGCAUGUAAAACUGUAAUUAUUGUCUAUAAAAUGAAUUUUGUGUUAACAUUUUUGGGUGUGUCGAACGGAUUCAGUGGAUUUACAUGAUUUUCUAUGGGAAAAUGUGCUUUGGUUAGAGUCUGUCUUGGUUUGAGUCGGACCUUCUGGAAUGAGUUACUGAUGUUAACCAAGGCACCACCAUCCCACCCUUUUCACUACCUCCUCCAGCCAUCACCAUUGGGCUCCUGGCGUGUAGCACGUGCACACAGCUGGCGAUGUGCCGUGCCGUGCCGUGCCGUGCCAAACACCAACCGUAAACCCCCUUUGAAGGUCUGCAGACACAAGCGAUCUCAAGCCCCCGUUGAGAUGAAAGCAACUUGUGGUCUUUGUUCUUGUCCACUUUCACUCUCUCUCGUCACUGCAUUGGCCACCCACCAGACUGUCCCCACCCCCCACCCCACCGUCUCCUCAAAGCGGCCAGAGUGAGUCGUCAUCCUGUCAGGACGGCCCCCAGCAGGUACUGUGUGUUCUCCCUCCCAUCCACCUGUCCCACUUAGAUAUCAAAUGUACCGGACGUGGGAGGGGGGGAACACCACACGUGUAUUUUCCUCACUAAAAAAAACCCAGAUGUGAUGUUUGAAACUUCAACGGCCACUCAGCCGGUCUGCCGUCUGGAGGGUUCCGCCACAGGUGCCCCAUGAAAACUCCCCUCCCCCAUUUGUAAAACGUUAACUCACAUCUUGGCUUGCAGUAUUUGAGGUUUUUACGUGAAAGCACGCACACGUGCGCACGCUUCCACGAAAGGCAGCAGGGUUUUUAAACCAUUGUUCCGACAUUUCCUUCAAUUUCAUUAGAUUUCGUUGCUAAAUGACGUCCACUAAGGAUUGUGCUUGAUGGGGAAAAUUCCCCCCAAAAAAGGGCAGUUUUCCUUUGACUCUUAAAAGCAUCGCAAUCCAGAAUCAAAACCAGGAAUCUGAAUUGUUCAAAUUGAAACGAUGCCCAGAGAGAUGUACGCUAACAAGACGCUAGCAAGUUGCUCACUUUAGCAGUCAUGGUGGGGACGAGACAGAGAUUAGUGUCAGUGGGUCAACUUUGACACGUCCUUUACAACCCUGGGGUGUGUGUGUGUGUCACCAAGUCAAGAGACCCGCUAACAAAGCUAACAAGGGAAGCAACAAGGGCGAACAAUGACACCAUGUUCAGACCUUCACAAAGGACAAUACUGGAGUAUGCCGUACACACAUGUACACACACGUACACACGCACACACGCACGGCGAGGCACAAUAGCGGCUUGUCGCUCACGUCUCGUAGCCGAGUCAGCCGCCACUUCCUUUUGCUGUUCCUCAAAGCAAUGGCAAGCCUUCACGUACUGUUUUGGAUUUGUCUGAUGCUAACCCUGCAGACGCCCUAGCAUUGGUAAAAACACGCUAGCUUGUUUCCCUUUUGCUAGUUGUGUCGUGUUGCGGUUAGUUACACGACAUUUGCGUGCGUUCUUGCUGAAAACUGUUUGGAUAACGAAAAGAAGUUGAUGCAGUGUUACAAGGUGACAUCGCCAUCUACUGGCCUGGAAUGCACAUGACAGCAUUGACGGUGAAUAUAAGAUAAAUAAAAAGAAUCAAAGAAUAUAAGAUAAACAAGAUUUGCAUAUUUACAAAUAGUGUGUAGAAAUAUGGUAAAUCUUUUACAGGCAAUGGAGGUAUUGUAGAACCGGCCGUCGUGUGGAAUAAAUGAAGUCCUGUAGUGUUCACUGUGGGAACCAAACUGGAGGAGUCUGAGUCUCCGCUGCCCCGCUCUUGUCCCAUGGAGUGGUUGGGUGGGGUUGUCCAUGAUGGGGAGCAGUUUGGAGAUGGAGAGACAAUUACAAUUUCUACAAUUUUCUAUUUUUUUGUAGUUUUUGCAAAAGCUGUCAUUUUCCGAGUCACACAGGGAUCUCGCAAAAUUGCCUUUGCAUUAUCUUGCUAGCGGUUGUAGUUUAGUACGUUUGUGUGUCGUGCUCGGGGACUGUUUGCAUGACGUCGUUUUGCGCCGAUGAAUGUCUUUGAAAAUGACACCGUUUGCAUUUUUUGUGUAAAUGUUGAAAACAGCUCGGAUAAAAGUGGCAUCGCCAACUAGUGGCCUGACAUGGAAAUCACAACGUUUUUCCAUGUUGUUGCUGGUCCGCGUGUGCGUGCGUGCGUGGGGAUCGUUUGGAUAACAAUGGCUGUGCGUAAAAUUGCCGGUCGAUGCUAAAAUAUCGAUACUUGUGACACCAGAUCUUCACGCUCUAAAAUUGAUUCCCAAAUCAAAGGAUGGACACGUUUGAUACUUUAAUGGUUUUGUAAUUGUUCCUAUUUUCUUUGUUUAUUGUUUCAAAAUGGAUAAAUCAUUAAUCAUAUGAAUAAUUAUUGUAUAUUUCAAAUGAAUCAAAUGUCUUGUAUUCUUGAUGCUAUCAUAUGAAAUACACAACAGACACAUUAGUACAAAGUAUCGAUAUCGGGUCGGUAUUGCCGAUACCAGCCUGAAUUUUACUCAGUAUCAGAUCACUAACUCAGACUGCUACAGGUUAAGGGAAACUAGCUAAAAACCAGGUUAGGUGCUUUUCGGUGAAACGUGGACGUCUGACUGGAUAGCAUUUGUCUUUUUCACACAGGAAUCCCACAAAAUGCCUGCAUUUUUUCACCCUGUGCCUUUCAUACAGAGAUUGUUGUGUGUGCUUGUGGAUAAAUCCAUGACUGUUUUUAAGGUUUGUUUUGCUUUUGGGGCGACUUCUUAAACAUCAUCCAUCAGCAUCGCUCUGUCAUCAUGGCUGCCUGGCGUCACUCGUCAGUCGCGCAGACGCUAGGCUAGCUUUUUUGUUUUGUUUUUUUUCGCAGGAAGUCCAAACCCAAACAAACAAAACCACCUGAUGAUGACAUGAGACUUGACGACUGGGCUUUUUUUUGUUUAAGAAAUGGUGUCGUUUUCAGCCAAAUAAUGGGACAGCAAACUUUUCAAAGUAAAAGUCCUCAUGUGUCACUGCCUGGCCUUGAACUAUAAAACAAUAAAAGCCCCAAGAUCACAUCCAGACGCUGGCUUGGCUGAAACCACGGUUGGUUUUGAGUGCAGUUCGGGUUGGUGGUGUGAUUUGCACAGGGUGGGGGGGUAGUGGGGUGGUGGUGGGCGUCCGUCCCUCCCUCACCUUCAAAGGGCUGCCCCCCGCCCCCCAUCACUGGAAGGACUAAUAACAACAUGUGAUGAGACCGCUUAGAACAAAGACGGAGGGGCAGAAAAUAACAGCGUGGGAACUCUGGGUGAACUUGAAAUACAACAAAUUAAUUCAACACAGACCCCCACCCCCCUCCCCCGAACCCGCCCUCCCGACACACACUAAUAUGGAUGCACACCUGUGUUUAUUGUGACAAGGGAUUCAGGUUGCACUACCUUGCACAUGCAUGAGCGCGACUCUCCCUCUGCCCCCCCCCCCAACACACACACACACACAGUCUCAACAGUGUCUCCUAAGUGCUUCCUCCCAUUCAUGGGGGCCUGUCCUGAUUAUUAUUAGCAUAAGCGUAUUGCUUGAUGAAUACUGGCUGACAGUAUCAGUCAGAACUGAGCAGCUUUUAAUUAAAACACCCAGUUUUUCAAUGGAAUUCUUGUGUUGGAUUUCACCAUAUUGUUGAAUGUCAAACCCGCUGACACUGUCAAUCAAAACUGAGUGUCUUUAAAUUAAAAUGGCCAGUUUUUCAAUGGAACUCUUGUAUGGGCUCCCACAUGAUGAUGUAAACAAUGUGAUCCAGCGGUGCAGGAGACCCCCCAUGUAGAAACAUGAGGCCCCCCCCCCCUUGUAUACAAACACUCCACCGGAGCUGUCAAACUGUUUGGGAUCACUGCAGAAGGCCUUCAUCCUGGAUGUGAGGAUGAUGAUGCCGUGGAACCUCCAGGGUGUUUGGACGAGGAGGCAGGCAGGGAGGGGGGCGGGUAUGGGGGGGAGGACGUUGGUGGCUUCCUCUCGUCUCCGCUGCCGGGCUGAGUCGGGAUUGGAUUACAGGUUCACACGCUGGCCGCAGACCGCCCGUCCCCCCGCCCCCGACCAAUUGCUUCAUUCAUUGCAGCGCCGGGGACGGCCCGCCGGCCCCUGAUUGGUUAUCGGCGCCGGUCGGGGGAACUUUCCCACGGCCAACACGUGCUGACAGCCGGCCAGCCACUCCUCAUCACCACACACGCACACUCGGGAGAGGGAGGGGCCAAAAAGGCACGGACAGAAAGUCUAUUGGAUCGCUGUCAAACUUUUUCCAAAGAUCCUCUAUGCAUAGGGGAGUUGUGUCACUCUGUGACAUUUUUUUUUUUUUUUUACUUCUCGCACGAUUAGCUUUUUUUGUAGCAGGUCCUAAAAGAACAGCAGAGUGGCCCUGUAAAGACGAUCUUUGACUAGCAUGUGUGUGUGUGUGUGUGCUCCUGUAACACAGAUGAUCUUUGACUAGCAUAUUUGUGCGUGUGUGUGAGUGCUCCUGUCACAUAGAGAAUCUUUGGCUAGCAUUUGUUGUAGGUUAUUAAAAAGAGCACGUGCCCCACUGGCGGAUCUGCAUUAGGUCCUUAAAAACAGCAGAGUGCUUCUGUCACAGAGGAUCUUUGAUGGCAUGUUUUUGCUGCAGGUCCUUUAAAAAACAGGUGAACUGUCACAGAGAAGAUCUUUCGUUUUUGGCUGUUUUGCACUCCUGCUAUGGAACUUUUGGACUUGUCUUGGGAGUGAGACCUCUGCGCUGUCCUCUCAGACUCUGAGGCGCUGGUGCCAACCGCCCUGUCACUCGAGCGCGACGCCGCCCCGCGAUUGGCCGCCUCGCUCCCUUGUUCCCGCCCCCUCGACUUGAAACGGCGCCGUGGGAAAGGCGAGCUGGCCAAAGCCGAGCGAACUUUACCGACGCUCACAGCAGCCAAGCGAGGAAGGACUCGUUCGUCGGCAGUGUGGUCAUGAAGCGGAACCUCGACUUUAGCUCCUCGGACAGCGAGCUGGACGACGCGAUCGAAGUGGCGAAAGAGAGCGCGGAUGAGAAUGGGAAUGUUGGCACCCCUCUUGGCUCCAUGUCUCCCACAGCGUCCACUCAGGUGCAGGCGAGGAAGCGGCGACGAGGAAUCAUUGAGAAACGUCGUCGAGACCGAAUCAACAACAGCCUGAGUGAGCUCCGUAGACUGGUGCCGAGUGCCUUUGAGAAGCAGGGUUCCGCCAAGUUGGAGAAAGCAGAGAUUUUGCAGAUGACCGUGGACCACCUGAAGAUGCUUCACGCCGCCGGAGGCAAAGGGUUUUUUGACGCCCACGCCCUGGCCAUGGACUACCGCGGUUUGGGUUUCAGGGAGUGCCUGGCGGAGACGGCCCGCUAUCUCAGCAUCAUAGAAGGUUUGGACAAUGCCGACCCCCUCAGGAUACGCCUGGUGUCGCACCUCAACAGCUACGCCAACCAGCGCGAGGCGGGCCUCAACCACCUAGCCUGGGGUUCCACCUUUGGGUCGCUGCCCGCCCACCUGACCCACCCGCUCCUCCUGCACCAACAGGCCGCCCCCCUGGCCCCGCCUCGGAGCGUCACCAGCAGCCCCCUGUCGUCGUCAUCGUCUUCCUCUUCCUCCUCCUCGUCCCCCGCAGACACUCACCCGGCAGGUCGGCGCAGCGGGAGCGCCAGCCCUCACUCGGACCAAGCGCUGGUGCGCGCCCCGCCUGCGGCCGCCACCCCAAUCCUCCGCCCAACCAAGCUCCCCCCUCCCCUCCUCUCGUCAAUCUCGGCAUUCCCGUUCUCGUUCGGCACCUUCCCGCUCAUCUCUCCCGUCGCCACUGCCGCCCUCAGCCCCCCGGCCCCGACGCCGCCCACGAUGGGCAAACCCUACAGACCGUGGGGGAUGGAGAUCGGAGCUUUUUGACUGGCACACACGCAGUCCAUGUAUAGACUCACAAAGCCCAGCUGAGCUGGACUCUUUUGCAAAAAAAAGAGAGCUAUUUUUGGGGGGGGGGUUUAGGAGGGAGCGCCGCCCUUAAAGAAGAGUGAUUUACCCUCUCGAUUGAUGCCCACCUACCACCCACUUUUCUUCUUUAAAGAAGUUUCUCCGGAUCAGGAAUUACUUUUCCAGAUGGUCAAGCGGUCGUCUGUCAAGUUCCCAAACAAGGCCCCCCCCCACCCUCUCUAGUCCACCAUCCCACCCUUUUGUUUUGCCUUUUGAGAAAAGUCUGUGUGCCCCCACGCUUGCAGUGAGAAGAGUUCUUCUUUGACAGCAGUUUAUGGGGUGGAAUAAACACAAACCAGGUGUUUUGUUUGAGCCGACGCCACACAAAAGCAACCUGUGACGAUAGCAACUAGUUUGUAUAUUCUAGCGUCAUGUCUUGUUGCCGUGCUUCAUGACAUCCUCCCACAAUAAACAAUCUAUGAUCAACCUUCUGUGUGAUGUUAUUUUUGUUUGUUUGCUUCUCUCUAUCUUGUGUCCACACAGGAAGCCAUUAACAAGGAGGGGAUAUCCUGGACAAUAGCAGCCUGGCCCCGGCCCCCACUUUGCAACCACCGCAUGGGAAUGAGCUAAGGAAGAGGAAAAGAUGGCGGAACUACUGGCUACAACUUUAGGUUCACAGUCACAACAUAAUUAUCAAACAUUUAAAUUAAAGUAGUAACUCUGUAAAACUUACAUUU